UGGUUACAUAGUAAUAUGCAAAACAAUGCGUCAACCAUAGAUGCUGAAACAGAAAUUGAAGAAAAUAGUACGUAAGUAUGGGCUUCCAUUACUCACCAUUCUUCUGCUGCACGCCCUUGAGCCGGUUCAGUUUUAGUUGAAAUUAUAUGCCCAGGUGAUUAGUGCCUUCCAUUAUUGGAGAAUCAAUUUAUUGCUCAUUAUAUAGUUUUGACUUCUAACGUUAUGGUCCCCGAACACCAUCUUUGGAUGUGUUCCACUCCAUUUGAAGCCUGGAAUUUGAUUGUGAGGCACGACAAUACCGGUUCUGUAGCUUGGUUUUCACCUAAUGACCACCUGGUUGGUCAAAUCACCGAUUCAUUAUAUUCAAUAGUUCAACAAAUCAGCGACUACAAAUCUUGCAAGGGCUAUUAUCACCUUCGAAUGGCUUGGCCAGAACUGGGAUACUUUAAUGAGUGGUGGCAGACGAGCAGCCCAUUGGAAGACUCGCCAGUGGUUGGAUUUGAGCCAAUUGCUCUCAGGUUCCCACUGAGUUUUGGUGGCCUGCGUUCUGAUGGUCCAUUAGGCUCACAAAUGACUGCUACCACGGGUCCAAACAAUGAGCUGUGGUACGCCCUUGGAGCCACUGAAGCAAUUGCUCUCAGGUUCCCACUGAGUUUUGGUGGCCUGCGUUCUGAUGGUCCAUUAGGCUCACAAAUGACUGCUACCACGGGUCCAAACAAUGAGCUGUGGUACGCCCUUGGAGCCACUGAAGGCCAAGUUGAUGGAGCAAUGCCUGGACCCCUGAAUGAUAGUGGUUUUGGCAUUGAACUCAAACACGUGGAACUUUAUGUCCUAAAGGAGUGCUAA